AUGGCCUUUCAGAUUACAGCUUCUUCUUCACCAACGAUUACACAAUCUCGCCUUCUCUCUUUCCCUCCUCUGCAACCUUCCUGUAAAGCUUCGAGCUUUAAGCUCUCCUCAUGGGCUUCUUCUUCUCGUUUCUCUCCCUACAUUGGCUUAAAGCAUAUGGGCAUCUCCAUCUCCCCGAAAUCUUCAAACCCAGAGAAGAAGAUGAGAUGUAAUAAGGGUUUAGUGAUUCGCGCGUCUUUGUUUGGAGUUGGAGCACCUGAGGCUUUGGUUAUUGGUGUUGUCGCUUUGUUAGUCUUUGGUCCUAAAGGCCUUGCAGAGGUAGCUAGAACUCUUGGGAAAACACUGCGUACAUUUCAGCCCACCAUUAGAGAGCUACAGGAUGUUUCAAGAGAUUUCAAAAGCACACUUGAGCGUGAAAUUGGCCUUGAUGAAAUCUCAACACCAGAUGUGUACAACCAGAACAUAAUGAACACUGCUCGCCCUCCUACACCAUCUGUUAGAAACAUUGAAGAUCCUUUGACUGCAAAUGAUGCUCAAUCACCAAAAGCUUACACAGCCGAGGAUUACCUCAAUAUCACUGAAGAGCAGCUCAAAGCUUCAUCUCCUGGUAAAAUCCAAAUAGAGGAUCAAACUCAGACUCAAGAACCUGCUGUACAAAGCCAGCCUGAAGUUACAUUGAGAGAGACCAUGGCUGCAUCUCCUCCAAGGCAAGAUUGA